AUGUCGAGACAGGACGCGAUAGUUAUCGACGAUGACGAGGGUACAGAGGCUACUGAGAGUCAAAUUAUCAACGAGGAGUACAAAAUAUGGAAGAAGAACACGCCAUUCCUGUACGAUACUGUCAUUACGCAUGCUCUCACAUGGCCGAGCUUGACUUGUCAAUGGCUGCCAGAUCAGGAAUCGCCGAAAGAUGCAGACUACACAGUGCAGCGGAUGAUUCUUGGCACACACACUUCAUCCCAAGCCUCAGACCAACUUCUCAUCGCUGAAGUUUUGCUGCCAAAAGCGAAGGACGAAGACGUUGCGGAGUUGUACGACGAGGAGAAGCAGGAGCUCGGAUCGCACACCAAGUCGUCUGCUCGCGUACGUGUCAAGCAGACGAUCAAUCACGACGGAGAGGUCAAUCGGGCUCGAUACAUGCCCCAAAACCCAGAUCUUAUCGCAACGAAGACAGUCCGCGGGGAAGUAUUCGUUUUUGACCGGACAAAACACGAGACGACAGCGCCGAAAAAUGGCGAGUGCAAGCCUGACAUACGGUUGAAAGGUCAAACAAAAGAAGGAUAUGGUCUCUCGUGGAGCAAACUCAAGACGGGACAGCUGCUCAGUGCCAGUGAAGACACCACCGUUGCUCAUUGGGAUAUUGAGGCCUACUCUAAAAAGGAUGCUACCUUGCAUCCGGUUCGAAAGUACACAGGUCACGCCUCUAAUGUCGGGGAUGUUGAUUGGCAUUCAUCUGACGUUAAUCUCUUCGGUUCGGUUGGGGACGACAGGAUGCUCAUGAUAUGGGAUACGCGAAGCGACAACACCAGCAAAGCGAGUAUGCAAGUAGAAGCCCACACGGCAGAGAUCAAUUGCAUUGGUUUCGCUCCCAGCAGCGACUACCUGGUGCUCACCGGGUCUAGUGACAAGACGGUGGCAUUGUGGGACACCCGUAAACUCGAUCUCAAGCUUCACACGUUUGACGGCCAUACCGACGAAGUUCUCCAGAUUGCGUGGUCUCCCCAUUCACCUGUCCACUUCGCCUCUGCAGGUGCUGACCGCCGAGUCAAUAUCUGGAAUUUGGAUGCCAUUGGUGCUGAGCAGACUCCUGACGAUGCUGAAGAUGGCCCUCCCGAACUGCUUUUCGUCCACGGAGGUCACACUGCCAAAGUCAGCGAUCUCUCCUGGAGUCCUUCUGCCAAAUGGCAUCUGGCAAGCACAGCGGAAGACAACAUACUGCAGGUUUGGGAGCCUUCGCGCCAUAUCCGAGCCGCAGGAGAUGCCGAUGUCAACGCGAUGGAGCUUGAAUAG